GAGGGAGAUGACGAAGGAGGUGCUGGAGUCAGACGUGUACGAGGUGUUCGAGAGAAUCCAAGACCCAAACCUCGUGUACCCUGACUACUAUCUCAACCCGUUUCAUGCCUACGACGAAGGGAAUAUAUCAUGGCUGGUUGCAGUAGAGACCGAGCCUGCAACAAUGUCAAUCGCAAAGAGGGCCAUACCUGAGGCUACACCAAUCGAAGAGGCCAGCCAAAUCAUCCGCGACAACUGGCUGAAUGUAAUUGAGGAGCAUCAUCUGAAGUACUCGGGGAACUCUCAGGUAAACGACAUCCUGGACAUUGGCUGCUCUAUUGGAGUAAGCACCAGAUACCUCACCGAGAAGUUCCCAUCAGCUCAAGCUGUUGGGCUCGACCUAUCAUCGUACUUUCUUGCUGUGGUGGCACAAAGGGAAGAAAAACUGUCCCGGCCAAAGCCUAUUCGCUGGGUUCAUGCCAAUGGUGAGGCGACCGGGCUGUCUUCAAAUUCAUUUGACCUUGUCUCCCUUGCUUAUGUGUGCCAUGAGUGCCCAGCACGAGCGAUAACCGGAUUGGUGAAGGAAGCAUUCAAGGUCCUUCGCCCAGGAGGAACAAUCGCCUUAACAGACAAUUCGCCGAAGUCCAAAGUACUUCAGGAACUAUCCCAAGUUUUGUUCACUCUGAUGAAGAGAACCGAGCCUUUUCCUAGACGAGUACUACAUGCUGGAUUUGGAGGAGAAGAUGAGAAAAGUGGGCUUUGUUAA